UGUUCCGUGAACGCACCUCCCUCUUCCUGAGUGGCUUUCCUACUUUUGACUGUGAAAGAGGAGCGACUGCUGCUGCUGCUGCUGCGUGACUUCACUCAGUCCCCGCAAAGGGUCAGGGCCCGCAGCAGCAGAAGAGGAGGAGGAGAGAUCAAAUCAGACCUGGAGUCUGUGGAAGUGGGACAAACACCAGCACCAGAGCACCAGGACCAGAACCAGGACCAGGACUGUUUCCCACGGACUAAUCUCCCCAAAGAGGGCGGAGGGUUGUAUGUGUUUGGUUUUUUUUUUUUUUUUUUUGAAGGGUACCACUCAUUCACACACUCCCCUCCUCGCGCAGCAGCAUCCCGAGCAACUCAUUUCCACUUUUAAAAACCAGCAACAGGUUGAGAGCACCAUGCCGAGCAAAAGCCAGUAUCUGCGCCCCCGGCUCUGCACGCUGGAGAAGGGGGACAACGGCUACGGCUUUCACCUCCACGGGGAGAAAGGUAAGACGGGCCAGUUCAUCCGGUUAGUAGAGCCCGACAGCCCGGCUGAAACCUCGGGGCUCCGCGCCGGAGACCGGCUGGUGUUCGUGAACGGGGAGGACGUGGAGAACGAGAGCCACCAGCAGGUCGUGUCCCGGAUACGCGCCACCGUGGGCCGGCUGGAGCUCAUAGUGGUGGACCCGGACACGGAGCAGCUGCUGAAGAAGCACAACAUGAAGUGUCUGCAGGAGUAUGUGGCCGACGGUGUCCCGCUACCUUUCGAUGAAGAAGAAGAGGAGGAGGAGGAGGAGAUGGUGGAGGAAGAGGAGGUGGUGGUGAGAAAGGAGCAGCAGCAGCAGGAGGAGGAGGAAGAGGAGGAGGACGAGAAGGAAAAGAGGGAAGAGGUGGAGGUGGAGGUGGAGGAGGAGAAAGAGGAGGAGGAGACACCCAGGGAGUCCACACCAGUGCCGGAGAGUAACGGAGAAAUCCACGGGCACGUCGAGAAGAAGCUGAGCAUCAACUCUGAGAAGGAGGUGUGUACUGAACUGCGACCACGUCUCUGCGUGAUCCAGCGAGGGUCCAACGGGUAUGGCUUCAACCUGCACAGUGAGCGGGCGCGGCCGGGUCAGUACAUCCGAGCUGUGGAUGAGGACUCUCCAGCAGAGAGGGCAGGCCUGCAGCCCAAGGACAGGAUAGUACAGGUGAACGGCGUGUCCGUGGAAGGGAAGACACAUUCAGAAGUAGUUGCCGCCAUUAAAGUCGGCGGGAACGUGGUCCGUCUGCUGGUGGUGGACCCCGACACAGACGCCUUCUUCAAGAGAUGCCGUGUGGCCCCGACCUCGGACCACAUCACCGGUCCGCUGCCUGAGCCUGUCAUUAAUGGAGGCAUGGAGGAGAAGGUGAAUGGUAGAGCGGCCAAAGAGGAGCAGAGGGACUCUAAGCUAUCUGUCAGUCCUUCUCCAUCCAACGCCUCGUCCAACACCUCGCUCACAACCCCGCCCACAAACACCCCACAUGAAGGUUUGAACAUGGACACCAUCCCAGCGCUGAAUCUGUCCCUGCAGCAGGUCAAAGAGCUCGCCCACCAGAAACGCUCCAACAAGAGAGCUCCGCCCAUGGACUGGACCAAGAAAAAUGAACUCUUCAGCAACCUAUAGGGCACCUCACCUCAAAAACACACACACCAACACACAUACACACAGAUUUUAUAGUGAUUCUUACAAAGAGAUACCAGAAAGACACUAAACGAUCAGUUUAACUACUGGAUCUGUAAAAUAUAGUAUUCUUCCUCUUAUUACUCUUCAUGUUAUCAUAAUCCAGAUAUACUGUAUGUAUAAUGUGCUACUAACAAGAAAGAUGCAUAUGGCGAUGAAGAAAACUGGAUCAUGUUGAAAAUGUGUGUUUGUAUCCUUUAUGUGUGUGUGGUCAGUUUGGUGCCUGUGAAUGAGUUAAAUGACCUAAAACGCUGUUUGCUUAUGUGUCUUCUAAAGGUUUUGGACGCUUUCAGACAGGAGCCGGGCGUUGUGCGGUGGUGUGUCUAUUUGUGCUGAAAGAAAAUAACUUUUAAUUUCGCUGGCGUUAUUGAUGAUGCGCUCCCUCACUCUCAUUCACUGUCUAAGUCGCUCAACCACUGCUUGCUCUUUCAUCGGACAAACCAAAUUAAACGUCUUCGUGUCUCUAUUUUGCAGCAGAAAUUUGUGAGUCAGACUCAGAUUUAGAAGCUGGCUACAUGAAAUAAACAAAGCCAGAACACAACAGGUAAGAGUAUCAGAGUUUAGUCCAUGAAACAACCUGGAUAGUUGGCGGCCACACUGCGUGAUAAAAGAUGGAUCCAGCUCAACUUCUCCGCCGCGUAUCGCUGCAUUUUUUGGCCGGGAAACACACUACCUCCAUUCAAAUCAAUGGAAAAACCUGCGUUCACGCAACAGCGCCGGAUCCUGUCUGAACACGCCCUCAUACUAACGUUUAAAACAUUAAAGUGUCUUCUGUUUCGGAAGACAACGGGACCAGCCACGUUAAAAACCAGCCUGACAAUCAGUUCAUCGUUUAUCUCUAGUUGACCUUGCCGAUAGCUCUUUAGAGAUCAAACGUUAAAUAUAUCGAACAGAUUACACGGCACAGCCCUUUAACAAGGUAUAAUAACCCCAAAAUAAGUCAUUGCUUUCUUCCUGAAAUUAUUUCUAACCUGAAACUCCUUUUUUAAAAAUUAUUUCUGAUGGCUUUAAACUGGAAAGAACUGUGUUUUAAAGUGGAUUCUCUUAUAAUGUAUGUAUAUAUAUAUAUCAAAUGUCAUGUAUAUUUUUACAUUUCCGACAUAAAUUCCAACUCUUAAAAUGUGUAUCCACACUUUGUCCAUAUACGUGAUACCAUCUUUUAUUAAAUGUGAACUAGUUUAUUAUGAGUAACUUAUACCGUCCUUACUUUGUGACAGCUCGGUUCACAUUUUGAGCAUAAUGAGAUAUUUUUUUAUCACUCUGUGAGAUUUUUACACAUUUCUAUCGAUGUCUUAAAAAAAACAAUAAUUAUGUAACUUUGAGAUAUUUCUAAAGCGAACGUCCACGCUUCACUAGAUUUGAUGCAUCUGUCCAGUAUUGAUUGAACAGUGAUGAUUUUUCAAGACGAAUGAUAUGAGUUUUUUUUGUAGAUUGUGUCAGCAGUGAGCGAUUUCUAUACUGUAAUAAAUCAGUCAACAAAAAAA